AAGGCUUUGACUGCAUCAUCUGAAACUCAAAGUUUCUACUGAGAAGACGAAACAAAAGAAAAAGCGAUAAAGAAAACUGAAUAUCUUCUGCAAAAAUUAAUAACUCCUAAUAGGAAUUUAUUUAGAAUGUCUUCCGGUAGCGUCCCUCUUUUCAUCAUGACAUCCAUCCUGUGGAUUGUUUAUGUUCAAGCGCAGGCGGUAGAUUCCUGUCAUCAAAUGUGUACAGAAGAAAAGAAACAUUGCGACAGAGACUGCUUCUAUCAAACAGAUAAAAUGGAAGUUACCACGUGUGAAGAUCAAUGUUCUGAGGACAUGCUCUUUUGCUAUGACCGAUGCAAUAACAUGAUAGAACUCGGCCAUGUCAUUCCAGAGCAAGGACUAUCGAAAGACAUCAUUAAACACGACGCACCACAAGAACAGCAACCGGAAAGGCAGCCGUUGGUAUCCGAUAGUUUUGAUGUCAAUAUCGCAAAGCUUUCCUCAGAGAAAAUUUUCCCUGUUAAUCCGAUCUCCACUUCCAUGCCGCCGAGUAGUGAUACCAAUACCAUGGAAGGAAUGGAAAGUAAUGUAAAGUCUCAACAAUGUACACAACAUUGCAUCUCAGAUGAAGUGGACUGUGAAAUUGAGUGUUUCAUCGCCUACCAUGUUGAUAAUUUUCAAGAUAGCGAUUGUACCUCCGAAUGCAAAGCGAAAAAAAAUGUCUGCAUUGAAAAUUGUACCGUUGGCCAAAAUAAUGCGAAUGGAAAUGGCGAGGACAUCAUAGUUGCUAUUCCAAACCAAGUGACCAACCUUGGGGUAUCUCAACAGACUUCAGAAAUCCCUGUCACUGAUAGGUCAUUGUCUUCUCUGGAGACAGAAAUGAGUAUUCUGAGGAGAAUCUUAAUGGGACUCCCGACAUCAGGUACAAGGAUGAUAGGGAACUGGGCUCGUUGAACACUUUAGAUAUAUGAAAUCCACUGACUAUACAUUUGACUUCCAUUGUUCUGAUAUUUUUGUUUACAUUUCAUCGUCAUACGUGUAUCUAUUUAUCAAUUAUCCAUGAUUAUUUUUACAUAUACUGUUUACGAUUUUUAUUUCAAUGCAUUUUAUUGAUGUUUAUAUUUAUAAUAAAAUUGAUACAAAGUC